UUCAACUCUGAAGGAACAUCUGAAACAUGUAAAACAAACAUAUUAGUGAAAUGACGUUUUAUGCAGCACAGGCCUAUACAUCACCAAUUCAGCCUAUAAAUCUAAGCCUAUUUUAAACAUUUAGUCUAUUUAACAAGUCGUACGUAAUCAUGAUAAUGUAAGAACAGUCUUUCAAACUUGAAGAACAAGUUUUUUUUCCAGUUGCUGACGUAUUCAUUGUCCUUUCAUUGACUUUUUAAUAUCAAAUUUUUCAUUUACUCUUUGAAAAUGGAAUUUUCUUGGCAGACCAUGAAGUGGAACAUGUGGGGGAGUGGCAGUGGACUCGAACUUUUUGGAUCAAACUCAGCUCAGUUCAGAAUGUCUUAUAAGAGAAAGAUUAAACUCGACUGUUUUCAAAACAAUAUAAAAUAUAAACUUUGAUACCAAAAUUCAUUUGGAUGGAAAGUGACUAAUUUUAAAUGAAUUUUUUUCAUAAUUAAUUUAACAUUUGUUUUUCUUAAACUAUUAUUGUGAUAUUUGUUAUGUAAAGGUCUCUAUAAUUAUUCUUUGAGCUAUUGGCAUCUUUUGGAAAAAUGAGAAGUUUGCUCAAUUUCAAUGACCGUGCUGCGGCACAGGGUGGAAGUGUUUCUACUAUUUCUUCUAAAUCUGUUGUCAAACUGAACCAACACAUAGGGCUCUUUGGAUGUGUUUGUAUAAUUAUUGGAAUGAUCGUCGGAUCAGGAAUAUUUGUUUCUCCUGUUGGCAUUACAAGAUAUGUUGGAUCAGUGGGCAUGUCAUUGACGAUGUGGGGAGCAGUUGGUGUUUUCUCUAUGUUGUGUGCCCUGUGCUACGCUGAGCUUGGAGCCUGCAUGCCAGAGUCUGGUGGGGAGUACAUCUAUGUCAAACAUGCCUGGGGAGACUUGAUAGCCUUCUUGAGCAUGUGGGUCAACCUGAUCCUCAUCAACCCUAUAGCUGUGGCAGCUUCCAGUCAAAUAUUUGCUGUGUACACAUUAAAACCUCUGUACCCGUACUGUGAGCCCCCACAGAAAGUAGUUAUAAUAGUGGCAUGUUUAGCUGUUGCUUUAAUUGUAUCUAUUAAUAUGUAUAGCGUUACCAUGGUAACCAAACUUCAGUAUUUGAUCACAGCCUGUAAAGUCUUGUCUCUUGUUGGAGUUAUUGUUAUUGGAUUGGUCAAUAUUGGACAAGGACAGACUGAAAACUUUCAAAAUUCCUUUCAAGAUACUGAUUAUAGUCUUGGGUCAAUGUGCCUGGCCUUCUAUUCUGGAUUCUGGGCAUUUGGUGGAUGGAAUUAUUUAAAUUAUGUAACAGGGGAGGUUAUUCAGCCUACAAGAAAUCUACCACUUGGCAUUAUGAUAUCUAUUAUUAUUGUGACUGUUACUUAUAUCUUGGCCAACAUUGCUUAUUUCUCUGCACUCACUCCAAGAGAGAUUUUGCAGUCGUCAACUGUUGUAGUGAGUUUUCUGGAUCAAACUGUUGCACCGUUGUCAUAUGUUGUACCAGCACUCAUCUCUCUCUCCGUGUUUGGAGGAAUGAAUGGAGCUGUUUUGUCAGUAUCCAGAUUGUUUUAUGUAGCUGCCAAGCACCACCAUCUGCCUGGAAUCAUUGCUAUGAUCAGCGUCAAGUCCAUGACUCCAGUUCCUUCACUUCUGACAAUGUUUGUACUGAUCACAGGCAUGCAGUUUGUUGGAGAUAUCUUCAGCCUGAUUGAGAUGGUGGGUUUUAGUAUGUCUGCGCUUCUGGUUUUAGUCUUUGCUGGUCAGGUGAAGUUAAGAUGGACUGCUCCUGCCCUGCUGAGACCAAUUAAGGUUCCUCUAGUUGUACCAGCAUUCCUGUGUUUGGUUUGUCUGGUAAUCCUGUGCAUCACUAUCUAUCAAAAGCCCACAGAAUGUUUCCUGGCUGUGAUUGUCAUCACUGGAGGGGUGCCAGCUUAUCUCAUUGGAUGUAGGUGGAAGAAACCCAAGAGUAUACAAAACAAGUUAGAUUGCAUCACUAAAUAUCUUCAAAUUUUAUUGCUGGUCUCAGCACAAGAUGAAGACUAUCUCAUUGACAAUGAUCCUCUAACAGAGACUUCAAGCAUUAAUUAAAUUCCCUGCACACCUGCUCAAUAUGGGUCUCUGCAGUUUUAUUUCCUGGCCUCUGAAGUCCACACCUAAUUAUCUUCAGUUGGUUUUAUAGCUUCACAACUCCAUACAGUAUUCAGUAUCCAGCAGUUUUCAAACCUGUAGAUAAUUACGAAGAUUAGGUCUAGAAUGUAUUGAUGUUAAGUUACCAGAGCUACAGGUAACUACAAAUACUAGCUUAGAUUAAACGAAUAAAAUAUUUGAGACUUUGAACAAAUAUGAGGAAAUGGAUACAUUGUUAUGAUGUAUAAACUUUUGACAAGAGGACUUAGGAACUUAUAUUGCUCAUAUAUCCUGAACCCAGCUUAAGGUGAAUGUAACCUUUAUGUCUUGACAGUUUUAAUCAUAAAACACAUGAAGCCAUUUUACGGACCUAGUUUUAUUAUGGCCCUUAGGACAAACUUGGCUUGUCUUUAAGUUAAAGAAAAAAAAAUAGUCCACUCUUCAGGUGUUUUUUUAUUUCUUAAGAUUUCAAGGAAAUGUGUUGUCAACAUUUAUUAUUUCAAUUACUUUUCAAAUCAUUUAAUUGUAUUCAUUUUUUUAAAAAAGAUUUGCAGUGAUUUCAAUGAUUAACUUCCACACAAUUAUUGAGUCUAACUCUUAGUGUGUACAUUUAAUACAGAAACUCUGUCAAUGUGCUAUCAAAGAAAAUAUUUUUUAUUCUAGAUGUGUGGCAUUUUAUUUAUUGUGAAAUGUACUCUUGCCUUGGCAACUUCUCCUUUAAUUCAAGAGGCCAUUCCUUUAUAUUCCUUUGUUCUUGUAAUUCAAGAGGCCAAUCCUUGAUAUACAUUCAUGCUCAUAGGUUAGACUUUUGUACUCACCAGAUUUUAAACAUUUUUUCCUGCUUCUGGUGUGUUCAGAUUUGCAAUCCAGGUACUUCCUUUAUGCUAGCUUCUUGUCAUGCUGUCAGUGUAUCUUAAUUUGACAACCUGCAGGUCUCUAUUAGAUCACAUCAGUCACUGCUGACUAGCAGCAGAGCAUAAUACUUGCAAGCAGAAAAAAGGUUUUGUUUAAAUGUUCAGCAGUUUUCUAAAAUUGGCCAUAUGAUUGAACUUCUAACUACUGUUCUGCACUCAUAUGUUAAACAAACUACUGUUCUGCACUCAUAUGUUAAAUUAACUACUGUUCUGCACUCAUAUGUUAAACAAACUACUGUUCUGCACAAAUGUUAAAUUUAUUUGUGAAAGCAUGCACCUAAUAAAUUAAUACGAACAAACUGA